CAUCUCUCAGCUGUCAUGGCUGAAAAAAGGCAGGUUUUGGGGCUCCCACUGCUGUUUCUGUUAUUUUCUGUGUUUCUCCUUCAUUUAUGCGUGUGUCCGUUCACUAAAGUUGAGGAGAGCUUUAAUUUACAAGCGGCUCACGACAUCCUGUACCACAGGUUUGACUUUCACAAGUAUGACCAUCAUGAGUUCCCUGGCGUGGUGCCACGAACUUUCGUUGGCCCGUUGUUCCUCUCCGCCUUCUGCUCUCCUGCUGUGUUUCUGUCCUCUCUGCUGGAUGCGCCGAAAUUCUUCACACAGUUAAUGGUGCGAGCUUCUCUGGGACUCUGUGUAGUCGGUGCCCUAUGGCACAUGCAGAGAGAGGUGAGGAGGCAGUUUGGCUCCACGGUUGCAGGACUCUUCUGUGUGACGUGUGCUUCACAGUUUCACCUAAUGUUCUACAGCACCAGGACACUCCCUAAUGUGUUUGCACUGCCACUAGUUCUUGUGGCAUUCACUUCUUGGAUGGCUCAGAGAUACGGGAGAUUCAUCAGCCUCUCUGCGUUAGUCAUCAUUGUGUUCCGGUCGGAGCUCUGCAUCUUCAUGGGUCUCAUGUUGUUGAUAUCGCUGCUGAGCAGGAAGCUGGGACUGAUGGAGUUGCUUUAUUAUGCCGUACCUGCUGGGAUCUUGUCACUGGCUCUGACUGUGGCAGUUGACAGUUUCUUUUGGAAUAAGCUCUUGUGGCCUGAGGGACAGGUUUUGUGGUACAACACUAUUCUCAACAAGAGUUCCAACUGGGGAACCUCCCCUUUCCUCUGGUACUUCUACUCCGCGGUGCCCCGAGCCCUGGGCUGCACACUGCUCUUCGUCCCCCUUGGUCUCCUUGAUAGACGGAUGAGGCUGAUUCUGCUACCUACAGUGGGCUUCAUCCUCAUCUACUCGCUGCUGCCACACAAGGAGUUGCGAUUCAUCAUAUACACUUUCCCCGUGCUCAGCUUGGUGGCCGCCCGAGGCUGCUCUUUUAUUUUGUGCAACUACCAGAAAUCCUGGAUGUAUAAACUGGGCUCUGCAGUUGUGAUUGGCCAGCUGUUAACCAACACGCUGUACUCUGGUAUUUGUCUCUAUGUUUCCCACCACAACUACCCGGGAGGCCGAGGGAUGCUGGAACUCCACAGACUGUUGCCAUCCACAGCAGAUGUCUUUGUUCAUAUCGACACCUAUGCUGCUGAAACUGGAGUAUCACGCUUCUUGGAGCAGAACAGAAACUGGAGAUAUGACAAACGAGAGGACAUGAGCCCCACUAAUCCUCAGAUCAAAAUGUACUCACACCUACUAAUGGAGGCUAAUGACACCAAGAUCCGGCAACUCCGGGACACUCAUCAGCCUCUGGCUUUCAUAGAAGGUUACAGCAACAUCGGCUUCAAAGCGUUUCACUUCCCUCCUGUGAGUGUGAGAUUAGAGAGAAAGACUGUGCUGAUGGAGAGAAGGACUGGAGCCGGGCAAAAGAAAGACCGUACUGAAUAGGACUGAGGAGUUAUUUUCUUAUUGACCAAAGCUGACAUUUAAUCUAUUCUCACAGAUUGUAAUAGGAUAUGGGUGUGUAAUGUGCAUCUCUGCAGGUUUUACAGAAAUGACAGGACUAAUAUCUGUCACAUUCCAAUAUCAUGUGCUAGCCCAGUAGAAGUUGCAUUGAACUCAUGUUUAAAAUGUUACACCCGUGGAAAUGGUUUUCUCAUUUCACAUGCUAAGAAACAUACUGGAGUUGUUAUGCAUUGUAUUUUUCAUGACUGGUAAGAGAGAAAAUGAAGUGUUUUCUUACAAAGAAGCUCUUGUAUCUUCUACAGAGUGUGCUGUAUUAUUUACCUCAGGCUGUUGUUUGUAUGUUGUGAAGAUAAGAUGUUUUAUAGAUGAAUAAAGUUGAAAUGAAAAAAAAAAAACAAAAAAAAAAACAC